AUGAAAGCUGCAAGAAGAAUCCUGAGAUGCUUAAAAGGAUCGACAAACUAUAGAAUUUUAUUUCGACGAGACUCUGAAAGAAAAGAAGCUAUAGUUACUUGUUAUUCAAAUGCUGAUUGGUGUGGAGAUAAAGAAGAUCGAAGAAGUACAAUUGGAUAUUUCUUUCAAGUAUUUAGUGCCCCAAUCUCACGGUGCUCGAAAAAGCAACAUGUGGUGGCAUUGUGUGAGGCUGAAUAUAUGGCAGAAUCAUAUGUUGUGUGUCAAGCAAUUUGGAUAAGAUCUGUGUUGGAAGAGAUCGAUGUCGAAGUGAAUAAACCUCUGGUAAUGCAGAUCGACAACAAGUCUGCCAUAAAUCUUGUGAAGAAUCUAGUUUUGCAUGGAAGAAGUAAGUACAUAGAAGCUAGAUUCCAUUUCUUAAGGGAUAAGGUAAAUCGAGGUGAACUUGAAGUCAUUGCUCAAGUGAAGCAUAAUUGGCCGAUAUUUUCACCAAAGGAAUGA